CGCCGGUCGGGCAGACCCAGCUACCUUGCCGGAGAAGGGCGGCAAGGCAAGGACGGGCUCUUUCUCCCUCCUUUGGGUUCCCGGCCGGUCGAAAGCUGAGGCCGCGACGAAACCGCCCUCCCGGGGAUGAGCGCCGCCGCUACUGGCCCCCCCGGGCACAGCUGCAGCUCCUCGCCGGAGCGCCGCGGCCGAGCGGAGGAGGAGCUGCUCCGGACCGAAGGGCGAUACCUGGAGCAGCUCGAAGGGGUUGCGACGUAUUUUGUGGUCACCCUGAAGGCCAAGGGGAUCUUGAAGCCAGACAUCCAUGAGAUUCUCUUUGGACCCUGGGAGUCUAUCUGCUCUGCCAGCCGGACACUGUUUUUCCACCUGACCAGAGGCCAUUUUGCAUUGGGACUCGAGAGUUUCUGCCACCAGCUGGUGUUCUAUGUCCAUUAUGCAGAGAAUCUGGAAGUGGCCCAGAACAUCCUGAAGAAACUGAUUAAGAAGAACAAAGCCUUUUCCCGCUUCAAGAAGCUUCAGGAAUCCCGUCCAGAGCUUAAAGGUUGCCGGCUGGAAGAGCUGCUGCCUCUGCCCCUGCAAAGGCUCCAUCAGUAUAGGCACCUGCUGCAAGAUUUGGUGGAGCAGACUCCCCCAGAGAGCUCUGGAUUUGACCAAUUCCAAGGGUCCCUGAGGUCUGUCUUGGAGGUCCUGCGCCGAGUCCAGGAAAUUGCUCGUGUCCAUGAGAACCUGUUGAUGAUGAGACGGAUUCAGAAACAGCUCAAGGGACGGAAGGCCCAAGUGCUGGCUCCAGGGCGCUGGUAUCUCCAGGAAGGUUGGCUGAUGGAGGUCCCCUCCAAGGGGAAGGAGAUGCAGCGCAGGAGGUGUUUCCUUUUCUCUGAUAUCUUGUUGUUAACCAAGCCUUGCCACUCGCUCCAUCCUUGGAAGUCACACAAGUUUGCUUGCCAGGCCAUUUACCCUCUCAGUCACUGUGUUGUGGAGAAGGUCUUUGGUCACACCCAGAGCCAAGGAGGGCUGCUCAGUCUCUCUUUCCCACAAAAAAAACUACUAUUAAUGUCUUGCGAUCAGGACGACUUUGCCAAAUGGCACCAGAAUCUGGUGGUGGCUAUAAGAGAGCUUCAAGUCUGUGGCAGCCCACCUGCUCAGAAGGCUGAGUGAGCCAGCUGGACUCUGCAGGAAACAGCCUGAUGCAAUCUGCCAACCUGCAGACAUUAGCGCCACCCUCCUUUGGACACCCAACUCCAGGCCUAACCCUAACGCGGCUCUGUCCUCGGUUUCGUUCCCUGUUCCUUCCAUCCAGAGAAGCGGAAUGCUCAGAGGCUGCUGCCCCGCUCCAGAACAGCCACACUCCUUGAGCCUAGAGACCGGGAGCCCCCUGGCCAUGGGGUAGCCUCCUCAGCAACUCUCAUAUGGCACCGCAGGAUGGAUUCUACGCAAACUAUUUUUCAUACCCACAGAUCUUGCACAAUGGGAUAUGUAAAAAUCUUGUUUUCUUUUAAUGGCUAUGAAUGGUGGUAGUUUUUCCUUGUGAAUUCUAUUGCGAGAUUAGUUUUGCCUGCCAAGACAGGAAAGCUUUUGGGCUGGAACUCGGGUUUUAAAAACACGGGCAGGUCCUUGGGACUGCAUGCUUGGGAGCCACUCUAUAAUCCAAUGCCACCAGUACAACCAGGGCAAACUGCUGCUUUAGGCAUUUUCAAAUUCUUCAGCAUGACUUCUAUGCAGCCAGAACCCCGAAUGUAGACAUGUAAUCCUAUUCUCAACAGAUAUUAAUAACACUGAUCAAUUUUGAAUCUUUGUUGCUAAUAGUGGAAUGUGAGUGGGGAGAUCUUCCCGUUCCUCAAAUUUCAGAUAAUGGAUUCUAUUUUUUAGGGAAGGAGCAGUUCGUGGUGGCUUUUUAACAACUUCAUUACAAUUUAUCGUAGCAAAACAAUUUCUACAAUAAGUUUGCCAAUUGCACCUAAAAUGAGUGGAUGCAAAUCAUGUAACACUUAUUUUUCAAAUGCAUCUUAUUCUGCAACGUGUAGGUUGGGACUGCCUGCAGCAAUACCAAAAACUGCUGGAGGAUGGGUAGGGAAAACACAAUUCUAUGACUGUCCAAGGAAUAAAAGUUUUCUGAAUAUAUUUUUACUCUAAAAUGUUGCAAUAUGGAAAAUUAUCCUUUCCUAAAUGGAUACUUGCUUUAAGAAAUGCUAGAGAUGACUCAAAGACAGUCUAAUAAUAUAAUCAUUUGUAGGUUACUGUACUUCUUAAGAAGAGAUAAUAUGAGGAAAUAGCCAAGAAGAAAUCUAACAUUAAAUUCAGCAGAUUUUAGUACUUAGUGCAUUUUCCACAGCAGUUGUUGCUAUUUGUCAUAGCAACAUGUGGAGGACAGCGGACAGGCAUCCUAAAUGGUUUGCGCGUGUGUGUGUACACACGUGUGCAUCUCUGUAGAGGGAUCCUGGAACUACAGAGAAACUUGAGGAAAAUCACAAAACACCUUCUGGUGUUUUAUACUGGUUCAAUAGGAGAGAAUAGCGUUCAUCCUGCUUUGAGGUAAUGUAUCCUUCACCCAUUCUUCCUCUGUGUGAGGAAUUAACAGUCCUUCCCCUUAGUAAAUUCUAUUGAAGAGGUCACUUGCCUUAAGACCAUCCAGGCACCAUUCCAGCCACUCUCUCUUUGCCAAGCUGCUUAAGCCAGAGUCUGACCAUUCCAAAAACAAAAAGUAAUUAGUAAGAACAAAGGUUUCGUCCAAUUUGCUUCGCCAAACAUGAGCAUGGGCAUAGAAUUCCACUCUUGUGUUAUCAAAGCCUAUGCUGCUUCAAGUAAUAUGCUUUUAAAAAUCACACCACAAAAAAAAAUUAGAUAUUCCAUACAUUCAAUAUUUCAUGUUUUUCCCACAGAAUAUUUUGUAUGGCUUCCAGCCUUACCUAAGUGACUCUAGGUAGCCAUAUAAACUAAAUGUAUGAACAAAUAUUAAAAUGUUAUAAUUAUAUUAAUUUUAAGGAAAAUUGGAUGGGGAACAACUGAAAAUAUUUAAUAUAUUUGAAACACACAAUACAGCAGAUUAAGUGCAGUGAAAGGGAUCCUCAAGGAUGUUAUGGAGAUUGUAGACAAAUUUAAUUCUUGGCACUGAUUUUUCUUCAAAAUUGACUUUAUCAGAGAGGUGACAAAGUACCAAAGGUAUGAAUUACCAAGUUUGAUGGCAUCCAAGAAAAAUUGUUUAAUGAGAAACAGAUGACCUAGGAAAAAUUCACACCUUGUUCUUCAAACAACAGUACCAGAGGGUCUGGUAAGGGUAACCAAUGUGACAUGACUCUCGAAAACCCUUUGACCAAGUCCUCAUCAAAGGCUCUUCUAAACUUCAUGAUAGUGAGAUAAGAUGACCAGUCCUUU